GUCCGUUCUAAACUAGAUUCAAAUGACUGAAACCUUCAGUAGUGAAAGCAAUGAGCGAUCGUGUGGUUUGUAUCAACAUCGAUUCAAACGAAAGUGUGAGAUUUUGGUAUUCUGUCAGCAAACAUGUCGGAUUUCCAUUCAGAUGUGAGAAACGAAAUGAAGUAGCGAGUAGUUAAAAACUUUCCGAGAGCUCUCCCAGUUCCCAGAGGCUAUAUGAGAAAACUUUUACAGCAUCGCCGACCUAUACACACUUUCUGGAGACCGAGAAGCUAUGGGUAAGGACAAACUACAUAAAGGCGAUUAUGACCGCAUCAAACGCCUCGCCCAUCGGGUAGUCGCGGUUAUUACACAAGCAUCUCAUAAUCACAACCACAAGCAAUCCAGCGGUGGUGAUGCGACAGUUAUGUACGGCGACAGCCAACCAAUACGGGAACACUCUGGCCGAUCCAUCUCCGGGAAUACACAGUCAGAGACAGCAUCCAACACCACGUUGACCAGUAUUUACGAAAAGCGCAAACUCCCUCACAUCCCAGAUCGUACUGAUGAGCACGACCGUCAACAUGCACACGACAUGAACCCAGAUUGCCAUCACCAUCGUCACAACGCGACUAAACAUGACAAACGGAUCAAGCAUCGCGCAGCUGUCGAUGAUUCCGACUUAGAAGACUAUCGUCUUUCUGAAGUUUUGCUAUCCGACAUGGACCCUGGCAAUUGAUGAUGCAAGAUGACACCUUUAUCACCAGGACAGUCUGGCUGCUUCCACAAACCAACAGCUGCUGAGUAGUACAGACUUAGAACACCAUCACGAAUAUUUUUAUGUGCGAUACUAGCGUGAAUGACUGUAAAAGACUGUAAAAUCUCAGCAUUGAUACAACUCGGUAAAAUUUUGUCACACGGUAUACACUUCAACCAUCAGAAAAGAGAUGCAACAUUUCCCAACGACCUGAAUCCCUGAAAUGCAUAGCACGUUGGAACAGAAACUACUCCAGCUAGGUGACGAACCUAUUCCGAAGUUGAUUCCGAUCGGUCGAACCAGGCGUAUGAAACUCGAACGGGGCCGAAUUUUGCACGUAUUUACACAUUUCCAUUAGGUUUAUUAGGAAAAUAAAACGAG